GGAGCGCACGGCUCGGCGCGGCGCGGGACAGGUCGCCGCGCGGCCCGGGCGCGGCGCCAGGGGUGCGUUUGGUCCCGUCUGCCUGUGUCGGCCGGCGGUGGUGCCCUCUGCCGAGCAGGUGCCGCCGCGGCCUCGGCCUCUAGCAGCGCUGGGCGGCGCGGUCCGCCGCCGGCGGCGCAGUGCUCGGUGGUGGCCGGUGUGGAGCGCGGCGGGACGGUCCCGGAACGGCACCGACCGGAGCAGCCGAGAGCAGCGCGUCCACCGAGGGAUCAGAGUCGCCCGCCAGGAUGUCGGGCCGCGUGGUGACCAACAUCAAGGGCUGCCUGAAGACGAACGUGCUGACGCUGCUGACGCUGGCCGGCGUGUUCGGCGGCGUCAUCCUGGGGAUCGCGCUGCGCCCGCCGGGCUCGGAGAAGUGGGCGCAGCGCGACGCCAUGUACGUCGGCUUCCUGGGCGAGCUGUUCCUGCGCAUGCUGAAGGCGCUCAUCCUGCCGCUCAUCGUCUCCAGCCUGAUCUCGGCCGUCGGAAACCUCGACCUCAGCCUGUCGGGCAAGAUCGGCGCGCGGGCCAUCGCCUACUACAUGGUGACCACGGUGAUAGCGGUCAUCAUCGGCAUCAUCCUGGUGGUGAGCAUCCACCCGGGCCAGGGCAACGACGAGGGCAUCCACAAGGACGAGGCGUCCUCGCGAGACACCACCACCGCCGACACUCUCAUGGACCUCGUCAGAAACAUGUUCCCACCGAACCUGGUGCAGGCUGCUGGCUUCCAGUACCAGACGCUGCUGACCCGACCCACCGACGAGGAGCUGGCCGCCUACCGUGAAAAGGUCGGCAAUGACUCCGCUGAGAUGCCCAAGGAGAUGUUCAAGAUCUCAGGCAACUACCGCGAGGGCUCCAACAUCAUCGGACUGGUGGUGUUCGCCAUCGUGUUCGGCAUCGUCAUCAGCAUGAUGAAGAAGCAGGGCGAGAUCCUGCUGCAGUUCUUCACGGCCAUGUCGGAGGCGAUGAUGUACCUGACCCGCAUCGUCAUCUGGCUCUCCCCUGUCGGCGUGUGCUUCCUGAUCGCGGCCAAGAUUCUGGAGCUGGAGUCGUUCUCGGUGCUGCUCGGCCAGCUGGGAAUGUACUUUCUGACCGUGCUCAUCGGGCUGACCGUGCACGGCUUUGUCGUGCUGCUGCUGCUCUACACGCUCGUGGUGCGCAAGCUGCCGUUCGGAUUCGUGGCCAACAUCGUCCAGCCGCUGGCCACCGCCUUCGGCACCUCCUCCAGCUCGGCCACGCUGCCACUGACAAUCGCCGCGCUGGAGGAGAAGAACGGCGUCGACCCGCGCAUCGCCCGGUUCGUGCUGCCCAUCGGCGCCACCAUCAACAUGGACGGCACGGCGCUGUACGAGGCCGUGGCGGCCAUCUUCAUCGCCCAGGUGCGCGGCGUCACGCUCGGGCUCGGCCAGAUCAUCGCCAUCAGCAUCACGGCGACGGCGGCCAGUAUCGGCGCGGCCGGCAUCCCGCAGGCGGGUCUGGUCACCAUGGUGAUGGUCCUGGACACGGUCGGACUGCCCGCCGGCGACGUGUCGCUCAUCCUGGCCGUCGACUGGCUGCUGGACCGAUUCCGGACCACCAUCAACGUGCUGGGCGACUCACUGGGCGCGGGCAUCGUCAACCACCUGAGCAAGCGCGAGCUCGAGAAGAUGGGCGCCCACGACGGCGACGUCAUCAAGGUGGAAAACGGCAUCGAGGCCACGCAGAUGUGAGCGGCCGGUAUACCGUCCGGCCAGACAACCGGUCACCGCGGGCGGGCGGUGAACGGAGCUGAUGCCGCGGCCAAAACCUGCCCGCGCUGCGCCGUGCGCCCACGCUGCGCUGUUUGUCCGGGCUGCACUGUGUGCCCGGGGCUGCACUGUGUGCCCCGGACUGCACUGUGUGCCCCGGACUGCACUGUGCGCCCCGGGCUGCUGCACUGUGCGCCCCGGGCUGCGCCGCCGGCAGGGAGUUGUGUGCGGCGCCAGGCCGACAGAGUUGGACGCAUUAGGUCUGUAGUUGGCGUCGCGUCGUGGCCGCCACUCACUGGCCGCUGGUAUCAGGAUCUGAGCGGAGUUACGAGCCGUAGCGACUCAGUUGUGGGAGUCCCAUAUCAAUGCAGAUUACAGGGACACUCGUCCUACGGCACGCGUCCGUGUAGUGUUAGAACAUUGGUACCAAUACUCAAACUGGAUGUAUUAUUUGUGUAGAGCGAGUGUGCCUAUUGUUAUUCUCGCGAGCGGCGCGCAGUGUUACAAAUAGUUCCACACUCUGGUCCAAUUUGGGCGGAAAUGGCGCCGCUCCGGCGGCCCGAUCCGACGUUUAUGAGUGCCCAUGAACGCUGCUGUCGGCGGCGCGUGCUCGAUGGCGUCGUUAGUGGUUAACUAUGGCCGGCAGUCUCCGAGCGGUUGUAGCGCGGGCGGCUCCGCCAGUCUAUCAGAGCUCUAACCGACCCGACCCGCGGGCGGCUCGGCCAGUCCAUCAGGCCACCAGAGUCCUGACAGACUCGCUGGCACGGUCGACGCAGGCGUCGUACGGCCCGGCCCGGCCACUCUCAGCAGGCUCUCACUUGGCAAUAGAUACGGCUGGGGCUAGUGUUAGUGAACAUUAUCUACUGGAUGGUUCCGCUCCCGCUGCUGUGGUUGGGGUGCCGUUCCGGUGUCCGUUUCAGUAUUGUCCGCUGUGGGGUAGGUGUAGCACCCAGCGGACGUCGCCGUGGUUGGCUACUGACCCCGCGGUGUGUAGAUGUAGCCCAGCUGUGAUGACCGGCCGCGCUACCGGCCGCUGGUGGAACGCACCCGGUAUAGCUCCGACGCCCGUGUGUGACCCGGUGUGCCGUCUCGUCAAGUGUGCCCGCCCUUCCGUCGGCCGGUGAGCCCCGGGCGCCGCCGCCUGGGCCCGCACGUCGGUCGUAUUUUCUAACAUUGCGUGUAAGCCACACGUAACGAAUGUACCUGUACGUAGCGA